GCAAGGAGGCGGAAGUGUGUGCGGUUACCCCGGCAAAGAUGGCGGCGACGCUGCGGAUCCAGAGCGACUGGAGCCGGGCGCUGAGCAGGGACGAGGGCGAGGCGUGGCUGAGCUGCCGCAGCCCCGGGAAGCCCACCCUGUAUGGCAGCGUCACCCGGCGCGGGCUCAGCUCCGACGGCGUCCCAGACAUCGUGGCCUCCGAGGGAUUCGCGGUCGGGGAAGUCACCAAGAAAAGCAUCCUCAUUUCUUGUCCUCACGAAAACGUGUCCACGAAGUUCCUGGCUCCAUACACAAGUUUUUGUAGGAUUCACCAGAAAAGUAUUACCUGCCUUGAUAUAUCCAGUGGUGGAGGACUCGGAGUGUCUACCAGCACGGAUGGGACCAUGAAAAUAUGGCAGGCUGCAAAUGGAGAAAUAAGAAGACUUUUGGAAGGCCAUGUGUAUGAUGUGAAUUGUUGCAGGUUUUUCCCAUCGGGCCUCGUGGUUCUGAGUGGGGGAAUGGAUGCCCAGCUAAAGAUCUGGUCAGCAGAAGAUGCCAGCUGUGUAGUAACAUUUAAAGGUCACAAAGGAGGUGUUCUGGACACUGCCAUUGUGGAUCGGGGAAGGAACGUCCUGUCCUGCUCCAGGGAUGGCACUGCCCGUCUCUGGGACUGUGGGAAGUCUGCCUGCCUGGGCGUCAUCGCUGACUGCGGCUCUCCCGUCAACGGCAUCGCCGUGGGCACCGCUGACAACUCCCUGAACCUGGGCACACCCGAGAAACCUCCCAGUGAACGUGAGGUGGGGACAGAAGGGAAAAUCCUGCUGCUGGCUCGAGAGGACAAGAAGCUUCAAGGAGUGGGACUGCAGAGCAGGCAGCCAGUGUUCCUCUUCAUUGGAUCUGAUGCCUUCAACUGCUGCACGUUCCUGUCAAGCACCUACGUUCUGGCAGGGACUCAGGAUGGGAACAUCUACCAGCUGGAUGUGAGAAACACAAAUGCUCCAGUCCAGGUGAUCCACAGAUCAGGAGCGCCAGUGCUUUCCCUGCUCCCGUACCGGGAUGGAUUUAUUGCCAGCCAAGGGGAUGGCACCUGCUUCAUUGUUCAGCAGGACCUGGAUUAUGUCCUGGAUCUCACCGAGGCCGACUGCGACCCCGUGUACAAGGUGGCUUCUUGGGAGAAGGAAAUCUACACGUGCUGCAGGGAUGGGAUGGUGAGGAGAUACCAACUUGGUGACCUUUAAGUGUUUGAAGGGGCCGAAUAAAGGAGAAGCGUGUGGGAAA